AUGAAUCAGAGGAUUAGGCAGUUGGGAAAUGAUGGUUAUGCAUUACUGAGAGAUUUWUKUACACCUCAUAAGCCCAUCGAUAAGAAAUAUGAGGAUCUCAAGAGUUUGCUUACAAGUUAUAUAAACCCAAAACCGAAUUUAAUUACCGAAAGGUACAAGUUUAAAGAACGUAGACAGGCUACGAAUGAAACUGUUAUUCAGUUUAUAACUGGRCUUAAGAAAAUGUCUGAAUAUUGUGAAUUUGGUACAGCGUWAGAUGAUUCCUUGAGAGAUCAAGUUAUUUGGGGAAUAAGAGACAACAAUAUUAAAAAAAGAUUAUUAUCUGAAGGCGCAUUAACUUUUAAAAAAUGUAUUGAAUUGAGUUUGGCUAUGGAGAGCGCUAAUAAUGACAUUUCAAAAUUUGAUCACCAUGAGGCAAUCAACUACCAUAAAGCUUCAAAGAAGAAGUAUACAAGGAAUGAGUUAACUAUUGAAGUAGGAUGCUUGUUGUGGGGACAUAGAAUAGUAGUACCUAGUAAAUUCAGAAAUGAAUUGUUAAAUGAGUUACAUCAUACUCAUAUGGGCAUUGUUAAAAUGAAAUCUGUGGCUAGGUCGUACAUUUGGUGGCCUGGUAUCGAUAAUGAUAUACAUAAUAUCACAAAAAGUUGUAUCGCUUGUUUGGCUCAUAGUAAUAAUCCUCCUAAAAGUGUAUUACAUAGUUGGCCUUGGACUGAGGGACCAUCUCAACUAUCAACUAUUAAGGUGUUAAGGGAAUAUUUUUCGUUUUGGGGAAUUCCUAAAAAGUUAGUUACUGACAAUGGACCUUCUUUAUGUUCAUAUGAAAUGGAAGAAUUUUUAAGAGUUAAUGGUGUUUCACAUAUURAAACUCCACCAUAUAGUCCUUCGACUAAUGGAGCUGCAGAGAAUGCUGUGAAAACCUUUAAAAUGUUUCUUAAAAAUACAAAUCAUUGCUCGACAGGAGUUAGUCCUGCUGAAUUACAUAUUGGGAGACAGUUGAAUAUAGCAUUGGAUAGGUUAAUAGUCAAAGCAAAAUAUAAUUAUUCAAGAAGUUUAGAAAGGGCUAAAGAAAACUAUAGGGGUGUUAGAGAUAAAAUAUAUGUAGUUGUAGAUGAAGUCAUGUGUAGGAAUUAUGGAGAAGGGAAUAAGUGGAUACAAGGGAAAAUUAUACAAAAUCUAUCUCCUGUUACAUAUUUAAUUAAAGUUAUUAAUGGUAACAUCUAUAAGCGACACUUGAACCAAAUAAUUGAUUGUAAGAGUAAAGAGGAAGCUGGAUUGGGAAUUAAUAAAGAUUAUGUUUUAAAAGAAUUACAAAAUGUUAAUGACAACAAUAAUAUUAAAGAUAACAUAUCAAUGAGUGCAAGUAAUAAAGAGUUUGUAAAAGAAGAAGUAAAAUUGGGAACAGAGGAUAAGAGUGAGGAAGUUGAAUUAAGGAAAAGUCAGARAGUUAUAAAACCUCCUAUUCGUUUAAAUUUAUAA